UGUAACAGCUGAGUAAACUAAACUCAUAAGCGAUAAGUUGAAAUGCCGAAACUACGUAGUGUUAUUAUAAUUUUGUUUCGAGAAAUUACAAACAAUGUCUGUUUACUCUGAAGAGGAAAAUCUUGAUUCUCGAUAGCUGGUGAAUUGGUGCAUCGAUUUUUGGUUUUUGCUUUUGGCUCUGAAUAGGCUUGAAUCAUUAACCAUGGACAACAACUAUCCUCCUGAGUGUUUGGUUCUGGACUUUGGGCCUUUCGAAACUGUCCACCGCUGGCAGCGAAUGCCAGAAUGCGACGAAUUCGUUGGGGCCAGACGUAGCAAACAUACGGUUGUAGCUUACAAAGAUGCAAUUUAUGUGUUUGGAGGAGACAAUGGAAAGAGAAUGCUAAAUGACCUGCUACGUUUUGAUGUAAAAGAAAAGUCCUGGGGUAGAGCAUUUGCUACUGGCCAACCACCAGCUCCUAGAUACCAUCACUCUGCUGUGGUACAUGGGUGUUCUAUGUUCGUUUUUGGAGGCUACACUGGUGAUAUUCACUCCAAUUCCAACUUGACCAACAAAAAUGACUUGUUUGAAUAUCGUUUCACAACUGGUCAGUGGGUUGAAUGGAAGUUCUAUGGAAAAACACCAGUUGCCAGAUCAGCUCAUGGUGCGGCAAUUUACGAUAAUAAAUUGUGGAUUUUUGCCGGUUAUGAUGGAAAUGUUCGUUUAAAUGAUAUGUGGACUAUAUCACUAUGUCCUAAAGAUCCCAAGGUGUGGGAAAAAGUUAUCCAAUCUGGAGACUGCCCACCUACCUGCUGCAACUUUCCUGUGGUAGUAGCUAGAGAAUCCAUGUUUGUAUUCAGUGGUCAGAGUGGUGCAAAAAUUACCAACAGUCUUUUUCAAUUUCAUUUUCGGGAAAAAAGAUGGACGCGUAUUUCAACUGAGCAUAUUUUACGGGGUACUCCACCACCACCAGCUCGACGCUAUGGUCACACAAUGGUAAGUUUUGACAGGCACCUGUACGUGUUUGGUGGUACUGCAGAUAAUACUCUGCCAAACGACCUUCAUUGCUACGAUCUUGAUACUCAAACUUGGGACAUUAUAACUCCAUCUUCUGAUAGCGAGAUUCCAUCCGGCCGGCUAUUUCAUGCGGCAGCCGUAAUCAGCGACGCAAUGUAUAUCUUUGGCGGUACGGUGGAUAAUAACGUCCGCAGUGGUGAAACUUAUCGCUUCCAGUUCUCUUCGUAUCCCAAAUGCACGCUGCACGACGACUUUGGCCGAUUAUUAAACCAGCGGCUGUUUUGCGACGUGGAGUUUAUCGUGGGCGAAGAGGAAACUAAAAUACCUGCCCAUGUGGCUAUGGUUGCGGCACGGUCUAAAUUUCUUCGACAACACAUUCGUGAUGCUAAGGACAAGCGAGACCGAAAGCUAAAGAAAGAGCGGGGUAACGAAGUCAUCAAAUCCAAAGAUUUGCCGUUGUUGGAGGUGAAACUGAAAGAUGCGGUACCCGAAGCAUUUGAUAUGGUUCUGAACUAUAUUUAUACCGAUCGCAUAGAUCCAACUCAAAAAAUCGAGGACCCACCCAGUAACCAAAUCGUUUUGCUGAUGAUGGAUGUAUAUCGCCUAGCAAGGCAGUUUAAUAUGAAACGCUUGGAGCAGCUGUGUGUCCAUUACCUCGACACCACAAUAAAUCACACCAACGUUUUGGAAGCACUGCGCAAUGCUGCCCAUCUUGAAUUGUAUUUUAUAAAAGAGAUGUGCAUGAAUUUCGUGGUGAGAGAUAGUAAUUACAAUCAGAUAAUUAUGAGCAAGGAAUUCGAGGUGUUAGAACAACGUCUAAUGGUAGAAAUAAUAAGACGAAAACAGGAUCAGCCGAAAAAAAAUUCCUUGAAACAGUAUGAUCUGAGAACGGAAGUUGGAACGACGCUUGAGCAAGAUAUGGAAAUGUUUUUAAAUAGUAUUGGAAAAGAAUUCUGCGACAUAACGUUGAUGCUCGACAGUAACCCGAUACAAUCACAUAAAGCAAUUUUGGCUGCUCGUUGUAGCUAUUUUGAGGGGCUGUUCAGGUCAUUUAUGCCUGAUAAUAAUACUGUUAAUAUACAAAUUGGAGAAAUGAUUCCAUCCUCAGAGUCAUUCAGCUCACUUUUAAGAUACAUAUACUAUGCAGACGUCUCUAUGCCUCCCGAGGACUCCCUUUAUCUUUUCACCGUUCCAAUAUUUUAUGGUUUCACAAAUAAUCGCUUGCAGGCCUUCUGCAAACAAAAUCUCGAAAUGAAUGUUACUUUUGAAAACGUAAUACAAAUUUUAGAGGCUGCUGAUAAAAUGCAAGCUAUAGAUAUUAAAAAAUAUGCUUUGAAACUCAUAGUACUCAACAUUCCAAAGGUGGCUACAUUGCCAAAAAUAAAAAAUCUUAGUCGAGAACUUUUGCUUGAUAUAGUAUUUGCAAUGGCUGAAGAGAAAGGUGAGGCAGGUUCUUGUCAAGAUAUGUCGAAUGAUUGCUGACGUAUCUCUUUGACAAGUCAGCCGCAAUCUAGUAGCUGUAAAGUGUCAACAACUUUGACCUUUCAAGAGCUUUGUCGAACAAACUUUGCUUUAAUUGGACGGACAUCUCUCUUUGUGGGAUAUUGCUCUCUGAAGCGACCGACGUCGCUAUUAAGUUUCAUGUGAGUCAGCAUCGAAACAAUCUUCCGCUGUUGCUAAGCGGCUAAGCGUACAUUCAGCUCUUAACAGCAGAAAAACACAACACCAAUGUAUACCUGAUUACAAUAAGUUUUGAACAUUUUUAAUUUUUAAUGACUGAAAAUACAAUUUUUUUUCUUGAUGAUAACG